CGUUGUCUACCAGUGCAGUCGGAGGAUCAGUAAGCUAGCGGAACAACAGGAGCAGCAACGGAUGGUACUGAUUCGGCGCCAGUUACCAGCCUGACACUGAGAUUUGUGACUACGUUUUGAGUUUGGGUGACACUUGAGGUGACAUUGCUUUGUAUGGAAUGACAACCUCACAGAGAUAUAUUGAAUCCAAACUUGCAGCUCGGUUUGCUGACAUGGAGUGGCAAACACCAGCUGUGUCAGAGAAGUUCCAAAGCCGCUUUGGCCGUCGGCCUGGGACAUCGGACAGUGGGGACACGGGUCUUGGCACUUCAGCAUCUGACAGCACAGAAGAUUUCUGCAGUUCUAGCAGCAGCCCCUCUUUCCAACCCAUUCGCAGUCAGAUCCCCAUUCCCACUGCACAUGUCAUGCCAUCCACGGCCGGAUCCCCGGCCUCUAAGCCCCAGUCUUGCAUCCAGGAAGAUUGCCUGUCCUCACUUGAGGGUCAUAGAUCUUCCUCUGGCUCUAGGACUCCAAGUGGCUCCACCUCAAAAUCUUCAUCUCUUUCCAAGUCAGCAUCAUCACCCAACUUGGACGCUCAGGACGGUGUGGGAAGCGAUCCCGCCAGGCCAAAGCCAGACUGCUUGAGCCGAUACCGCAGCCUUGUCAAUGGGCUGGACCACUCGCUUUUCCCCUCUGACCACACACGGCUGGAUGAGGGCCAGAGGUUUGACACUCCUGCUGUUGAACCGACUCUAAAUCAGUCAGCCCUGUUGGGGGGGUUAUGCCCUGAUGCCAGACUCCGAUUACAGAUGAGCGGGUACAGAGACGGCCCAGACUGUGUGUCUGAGGCCUACAGAGGAGGCAUGGAGCACAGCUACAAAGUUCUUCCUGAAGCUAGGCCCGGGGUUCCCGGCCUGGCAGAAGCCUCUAAUCAGAGGGGCAGUCAGCCUGGUGCAGCUGGCCCUGCUGGAGUUUAUGCAAGCCCUCUCAGCCUGCAGACACAGGCUCUGCUGAGGGAGCACACAGGCUCCAAGGGUUAUGAGCCACUGCGGCAGGACAGAUGUAGUGACCUGUCCAGCUGGCAGCAACAACAGCAACAUAAGCAGCAACUGGAGAGUUUACGCCUGCAAGUGGAACAAAUGCAGUUAAUGAGUGCUGGAGUGGGUCAGCACCCAUCGCUGUACUCGAACCCCGUUCACUCCGAGUCUGGCAAAUGGGACGCUCUGGUGAAAGCCAGUGAGAGUCUGUUAAAGGAGAAGGAGCUAAUCAUCGAGAGACAAAAGCAGCAUAUGGCUCAGUUGGAGCAGCGCCUGAGGGAAAGCGAGCUACAGGUCCAUGGAGCCCUCUUGGGUCGAGGUUCUUCUUACGGGGAUAUGUGCAUGCUCAGGCUACAGGAGGCUCAGAGAGAGAACACCUUCCUGAGAGCGCAGUUUGCCGAGCGCACAGAUUGUGUUACCCUGGAGAAAGUGGAGGCGGAGCGCAGGCUGGGAGCCGUUGAAGCAGAAACGCGUCGUCUAACUGACAAUCUGAAGGAGACCUGUGAGAGACAUGCGGAGGAGAUGAAGAAACAGGAAGAGAGGAUCCGCAGUCGAGACAAACACAUCAACAACCUGAAGAAGAAAUGUCAGAAGGAAGCGGAGCUGAAGAGAGAGAACCAGCAGCGCAUUGAGACUCUAGAGCGUUAUCUGGCUGACUUGCCCACACUGGAGGACUACCAGAACCAGAACAAGCAGCUCCUGGAGACUGAGCAGCAGGCAGCCCAACUACAGGAGAAAGUAAAAGAGUUGGAGGUCUGUCUAGAGACAACAUACUCACAGUUAAAGGAAAAAGACACACAGUUGGAUGAACAGAAACGCAGGGAGAGGGACCUCCUGACCACCAUCACUGAUAUGCAGCAGCGGGUGCAGCAGGGCCUUGAGGAUGGAGCCAGGCUGCCGUCUCUGGAUAUUGAGAAACUCAGAGGAGAAAACAACACUUUGAGAGAGGAUCAGCAGAGACUCAAGAAGGUCAUUGAGAAACAACACCGAAUGAUGGAACAGCUUGGCUCCCAAAUCCAGGCUUUAGAGGAGCAGCUAUCUCAGGAAGAAAACAGCUCCCAGGCUCUCAGAGAAGAUGUGUUGGCCAAAGAGCAGAAUGUGUUGGAGCUCCACACAGCCAUGAAGGAGCUGUCGGCUCAUAACCAAGAACUGAUGGAGCAGAACCUGACCCUGCAGGAGCAGAUGAGCGAUCCAGAGCAGAGGAGCAGUAACCAGGCCUCCUCUGCUCUGCAGCCAGCCGGAGCUCGUCUCACACAGAGGCUUCAUUUAGAGAUCGCCUCCUGUCUCAGUGACCUGCGCUCCCUGUGCAGCAUCCUGACCCAGAGAGCUCGGGGACAAGACCCCAACCUCUCCCUGCUGCUCGGUCUCACAUCUCCACCACCAGUGGCGGCGGCAGACCAGGCAGAGGACUGGAUGAGUCCAGAGGUGCUGCAGAAGAAGCUUGUCGAGGCUCAACAGCUCCGCCGAGAUGUUGAGGGACUACGCAACGUGAUACUGGACCGCUACGCACAGGACAUGGGGGAAAACUGCAUCACUCAGUAACAUUGCGACCCCACCCAGAUUGAUGAUGGAAUCUAAAAUGAGACUCUGGCUUUCAUGCCUAGUUACUGAAUGUCAGAAAAAGGACUGGAUUUUUUUACUUUUUAAAAUGAGGACAGAGGAAAGCCCAAAUGGUUUAGCUCUUACUUCUCUCAAGAGAGAGAACGUGGAAUCUCGAGUCUGCCUGUAGCUCAGAACGCUCCCUUCCCCACAGUGACUAUAUCUAUUUCUGUCCAAGGGCUAACAGAAAAUAACUUACCUUUAAUACUUGAUCCUUUAAAAGCAUUGUGUGUGUGUGUGUGUUUUUUUAAUAAUGAUUGACAUGAUACGGUUACCAAACAGUCUUAUACCUUUUUUGUUUCACAUUAGUGGAUGACUAUUUAUGUAGAGGUCCCACGCGUGUAAUUUAUUUAAAAUCGUCAUUUCCCUGCAGAGGGGAAUUAUCUAAGACAUAGUUGACAAUCAACUGAACAUUUAUUAACCUGUGCUUUUAACUGUAUUCACAAGGAAAUGUUACUAACAUGCCAUUAUUUAAAAUGGUGGACACUGUAACAUUAGACUCAGCUGUGAGGCAGAAAAAAGACUUAACAACUGAACUGUUCAAAAACCAAUUUAGCUUCUUACACCAACAGGCCUAAAGCAGUUUUAUUACCAAAGAAAACUCUGGUGGAGGCAGUUGCGCGAGUCUGUGAAUGUGUGUGUGAAUCCUCCUCCGCUGCAGGUAUGGUUCUGAAUGACAAACCGACAUGUGCCUUUCUGUCACGACUGCAGCAAACUCUUCCAUUCUGACUUUUCUCUCUGUGUGUCAGCCAGUAGGAUAGUCGAUACAUUCCCUGACUCUGAAUGUAGCAGGUAACUGUGUGUGGCCGUGUCUCUGCGCGAGUGAAGGCCCCUACACUGUUUCUCUUUACUAAAUAGAUAAAAAAGAAGUUGAAUUUAAAAACUUGUGAGUCUGGGGUGAUCCCUGUAGAAUCUGCUCUGUGUAGAUGAAAUACUUUGCAGUAGACUGUACAUUUCAGGUGACAGUGGCUUUACAGUUUGUUGAUGUGUAUGACUGAGAAGAACCAGUAUUAAUCUUCAGUAUUAUUUAUUUUCUUUUGUUUGCAUUGACAACUCGGUGUGAAAGUUUUUUGGGUCUUCCUAAUGUGUUGCUAUAAUGUUGUGCUAAUGUUUGAGCAAACCUGGCAGUUUAAAGGUUCCAUGAAGUGGCUUUUUAGAUUGUGGUGUUUCAUAUGUGAUGGGCCACAGUUUGGCAGGCAACUGUCACUGAGGCCGAAUCGCUUUCUUCAGGUGAAAGGGAAACGUUUUUAAUCCCAUGUGCUUGUGGUGUCGAUCAGAGGAAGGAUCAGCCUCUAUAAAUCUCCGAUCACACUGUCCUUUUACAGCAUUUUAUAUUUGUCUCGCGUCCAAGUCAAAGCCAUUAAGAAAACUUGACACUUUACAGGAAAAUAAAGGGAGUGUAAUAUAUAUA